AUGAGCUACAGAUAUAGAAAUCCAGAAAACAGUUCCAGUAAGUCCUGGUAUGAAUACACAGACAUAUUUACAUAUAAGGAAGACAUAAAGACAGAGAACACCGCGGGCGCCGUGGGGGAGGGUUUGCCCAUGUGUGUGCACACACACGACUCGUGGCUGCCUACAGCGCCUGUUGAGAAAGCUACAGUAGUUGCUGAAACACUUGGACUUUGUGUUCAAGAAGAAUCUGAAUCUCAAGGCCCUCGGAGCCCUGUUGGUGAUGAACUCUACCGCUGUCUGGGAGGGGAUCACAAAAAACAAGGUUUUGAGGAAUGUAGAAGAAAUAGUGAAGAUAAUUUAAGGUUUUCAGAUUCAAAGACUCCUCUUCAAAAAGAAUUGACUAAUUGGGUAUCAUCUCCUGUAUUUGGAGCUACCUCUAACAUGAAAAGUAGUUUAGGUUUGAAUACAAGUUUGUCCCCUUCUCUUUUAGAGACUGGGAAAAAAACCCAUCUGAAAACAGUGCCCCUCAGCAACACUUGUGCUUCUGGACUAGAGAAACCUAGGUCAAAAUCUGAAGACAACGCCCUUAUCACACAUCAUCUUCUUGGGACUGAAGUAAACAAGAUCCCUAAUCAGUCAUCUUCUAAUAAGCAGAUGCUUAUAAAUAAAAAUACAAGUGAACCCCUAACUGAGCAAGAUAGUAUUGAUCACAUUAAAGAUACUGAUAAAGAUAAACAUGUGGUACCCCUGAAGUCACUGGGAGGCAGAACCAAAAGGAAGAAAAUUGAGGAAGAAAGUGAAGAUGAAGUAAUCUGUCCCCAAGCCUCCUUUGAUAAAGAAAAUGCUCUUCCUUUUCCACUGGAUAGUCAUUCUUCCAUGAAUGGAGACUAUGUGAUGGAUAAACCUCUGGAUCUGUCUGAUCGAUUUUCAGCUAUCCAACGUCAAGAGAAGAGCCAAGGAAGUGAGAACUCUAAAAUCAGAUUUAGGCAAGUGACUCUCUAUGAGGCUCUGAAGCCCGUUCCAAGGGACUCUUCCUCAAGCUGCAAGGCCUUGAGCAGGAGCUGUGAGCUAACCAAAGACUCCCCAGAAGAGCCCUGUUUACAGGAGUCCCUUUUCCAGUCCUUGAGUAAAUCUCCAGAUAAUAAAACACUGUUACAAAUAAAGGAAGAAAACCCAGUAUUUAAAAUCCCUCUUCGUCCAUGUGAAAGUUUGGAGACAGAGAAUCUUUUUAAUGACACAAAGGGUGCUGGUUCUCAUGAGCCUAUAAAGAUAAAAACCAGAUCCAUCCAUGGAGCAUGUGAAGUUGCAUCAGUUCUUCAGUUAAAUCCAUGUAGAAUUGCUACAACAAAACCUCUAGAAAACAACCAAGAUGUAUCCUUUGAAAAUAUCCAGUGGAGUAUAGAUCCAGGAGCAGACCUUUCUCAGUAUAAAACAGAUGUUACUGUAGAUGAUACAAAGGAUGGCAGUCAGUCAAGAUUAGCAGGAGAGACAGUGGACAUGGACUGUAUGUUGGUUAGUGAAACCAUGCUGUUAAAACUGAAGAAGCAAGAGCAGAAGGGAGAAGAGAGUCCAAAUGGAGAAAGAAAGAUGAAUGAUAGCUUGGAAGACAUGUUUGAUCGGACGACACAUGAAGAAUAUAAGUCCUGUUUGGCAGAGAGCUUCCCCCAGGUAGCAAAUGAAGAGAAGGAAUUGUCAACUACUACAAAAAAAACAAACACUCCUGGUGAUAAACAAGAUAAAGUCAAACAGAAAGCAUUUGUGGAGCCAUAUUUUAAAGGUGAUGAGACUGAAUUACAAAAUUUUCCUCAUAUUGAGGUUGUUCGGAAGAAAGAAGAGAGAAGAAAAUUACUUGGACACACAUGUAAGGAAUGUGAAAUUUAUUAUGCAGAUUUUCCAGCAGAAGAAGAAAAGAAGUUGGCUUCCUGCUCAAGACACCGAUUUCGCUACAUUCCACCCAACACACCAGAGAAUUUCUGGGAAGUUGGUUUUCCUUCUACUCAGACUUGUAUGGAAAGAGGUUACAUUAAAGAAGACCUUGAUCCUUGUCCUCGUCCAAAAAGACGGCAGCCUUACAAUGCAAUGUUUUCUCCAAAAGGCAAAGAGCAGAAGACAUAAAUGUUGAAGCAAAAACAGAAGAGAGGACAAUUUUCUUUUUAGUUAUUUAUAGUUAAAGUUGGUGUUAAACGUUGAUUUUUUUUGAUCUUCUGUAAACUGGUUUAUAAAUCAUUUUUCUAUUGAAAGUGUUUUUAAAUGGCAUUUACUCAUCACACAGACAACUAUUUAAAAAUGUGGAUAAGUUUAUGUUGUAUUUUCUUGUUUUUGCACCUUGUAAAUAACGAGGCGCUUUUAUUUUGCACUAUAAAUUAAGAGUUGUAUAUUACUUUAUUUGGUAAUACCUAAUUACAAUUUUGAAAAUACAAUAGCUAAAAAAAAAAAAAAAGAAAGCCUACAAACAAUGACGUUUGCCCUUCCACCCCAUAACUGACACCUGGACCUCGAUCUCUCCACUGAAAGAAACUCAGGCUCCCUGAAGCAAUGACUGACUCCAGGACUGGUGCACAGAGAAUACAAGAUAAGCCUGAAACAUCUUCUCAAUAGAAAGUAAGCAAACAUUCAGAAAAUGGAGGGACCUGUCAGAGGCCAAAGAAACGGGCUUGAUCAAGUUCUCCUUGGCCAAGUGGGGCACAAUUUGAGCAUCAAAAAAACAAUGAGAGUAAAGAUUGCAACAGGACCCCAUGAGCCCAGACCAACAUAUGUGAAUGAGUAAACAAACACAGAGAAGGAAAAACUUGACAACCAGUACCUGUCAACUGAUCUAGAAGACAUGACUGGAUUUUUUAAAAUCACCAUUUGAUAGCUCUUAAUAGUAAAGUAAUGCUCAAAAUUCUCUAAGCCAGGCUUCAGCAAUAUGUGAACCAUGAACUUACAGAUGUUCAAGAUGGUUUUAGAAAAGGCAGAGGUUUAGAAAGAUGGUAACGAUAACCCUAUAUGCAAAACAGAAAAAGAGACACA